AUGCCAGAGAAGCUGAUACAACCACAGGCCCCGCAGAGCAGCCCAGUCUCUACCAACAAGUUCUAUGCCAACCUUUUCCUUGGAAUCCAGAGCCAAGGGGUAUGGACUCAUCCAUACUCUGUGACAUGGAGCAAAGGAAGCGGCAACAUUGGUAGUUGGGGCAUGGCCGUCUCUCAUAUUGAUGCAAACCAGAGAGCCGAUGGGCCACAGAAUACUGCCCUGCCGGGAGCACCAAUACAGUAUUUCAUCAAUCCUAUUGGCAUUCAAUCCGUCAUUUUAUCCGCAGUAGAGCUGGGACCUUCCACGGUCUUGACUACCUCCAGCUUAAAGGCAUUCUCGGCCAAUGCAAUUCUUUCGCCCCAGGCAGGCUCUUCCUCCAAUAUCACGUUUCCGCUCGUUCAAGGCAUGGGAUUCGUAACCGGUAUUUACAACAGUCUCAUGCCCGCGAUUCAAAGCAGUGUAUUCUUCCAAUCGGUCACUCUAGUAGCCUCUCCAAGGGUUGGUGUCUUCAAGUAUCGGAUUAUUCUGGAAGACAACAAAAACUGGCUUCUCUACGCAAUGCCAAGUAACCACCAAGACCCUAAUUUGCAGCUUGUGUCGAACACACAAAUACAAGGUCUACGAUUCUGGUCAGGUACGAUUCAAAUUGCGAAAAACCCUGCUGGCUCAGAGGGCGAGGAACUUUAUGAUAAAUCUGCGGGAAUCUACCCCAUCAGCGCAGCGGUCACAGGCUCUACAUUGGAUAACCUUGGGACCUAUACUAUCUCAUGGCGUAUCAAGGGACUGAUAACAUAUCCACCUCGUACGCUUCUGAUGUACGCUUUACCGCAUCAUACUCAGUCUUUUGACAGCGCUACCAAUAGGUACAAAACAAAUUUACAGCUCCAGACAACUACGAAAGGAGUGGCAACAGCGGUUGUCGCUGAUAGCUGGACGAUGCAGGAGCAAAGCCUGCCUUUAGACAUUGGUUUUGCACCUUGGACUCCAAGAACUAGAAGCAGAUCGACCCUGUCCGCAGCGACAAGGCAGCUCAUCCAACAGGUGGCAGUCUCUGAGAUCAACCAAGACUACAACGCCCAGACCAAUCUAGACAGCAUGUAUUUCAGUGGCAAGGCUUUAGCCAAGUUCGCGAUGAUCAUAUACACGACCCACGACCUGUUGAACGAACCCAACCUUGCGACUCAGGGACUGAAUGAACUAAAAGGAGCCUUUGCUGUAUUUUCGACCAAUCAGCAAAAAUACCCAUUGGUAUAUGAUACAGUCUGGAACGGAGUCGUGUCUUCAGUGAGCUACAUUACGGGUGACCCCGGCCAGGAUUUCGGAAAUACAUAUUACAACGACCAUCAUUUCCACUACAGCUACUUCAUCUACUCGGCUGCCGUUAUAGGCUAUCUCGACCCCUCCUGGCUCUCCCUCAACAAGGCUUGGGUCAACACCCUCGUCCGCGAUGCUGCCAAUCCAAGCACGCAAGACAACGCGUUUCCCUUCUCUCGAAUGUUCGAUUGGUAUCAUGGCCACUCGUUCGCCCCAGGCCUCUUCCCAUUAGCAGAUAGCAAAGAUGAGGAGUCCUCAUCCGAAGACGCUUUCUUCGCGUAUGCAAUGAAGAUGUGGGGCCAUGUUAUCGGCGACAUCUCCAUGGAGGCGAGAGGUAAUCUCAUGCUAUCGAUCUUGGCCAGGACUCUGGACAAUUACUUUCUGUUGUCAAGUGAUAAUGAGAACCAACCAGCCAAUUUCCUUGGCAACAAAGUCACUGGCAUUCUCUUCGAGAACAAAAUCGACCACACCACCUACUUCGGCGCCAACCCCGAGUAUAUCCAAGGCAUUCACAUGCUCCCUCUCAGCCCCUCCUCACCCCUGACCCGAAAUCCAAAGUUUAUAGCCGAAGAAUGGGAAGCCUACUUCAACAGCACAUCGCCCUACCCUGCCUCCACCAUCGCUGCCGGCUGGAGGGGUGUCCUGUAUGGGAACUUGGCGUGCAUAGAUCCGCAGCAGAGCUGGAAUUUCUUCGCGCAGCAGAAUUUUGAUGGGUCCUGGUUGGAUGGUGGUGCGUCAAGGACGUGGUAUAUGGCUUUUGCUGCUGCGAUUGGGGGACUCUAG